AUAAGUUUUAUUUUAAAUAGAACAUUUGGGCGAUUACUCUUACGAUAUUUUUAUCCGUGACUGUGUGAUACUGAUAUCGGAAAUUAGAAUUGUAAACAAAUAACUUGAAAGAAUCAGCCUCGAUUUUCUUGAUAAAAUCAGUUCCGGGACCCUUGAAAAGAUUUAGAUUGUAACUCUGUUUCUUUUUAAAUUUCAUUAAUCAUUAUAUUUGCAUUGCUAAUCUUUAUUUUUAAAUAUCUAUAGCUUAUCUGAUUGAUACUUAACAUGAAAGGAAAGGAUCAAGGCCAUCAAAGAUAACGGAAAUAUGCAAAGUCAUUAAUUCAUGAAUUUUGUUUGAUGAAAUAUCUACCAAGUCUGUUGUUUAUUGUCAUCCAUAUUUUAACAUGUCCCCUCCUGGAAAGCUCAUUCAAUUCUAUAACUGCUCUAUAUUGAGGGAUUCUAAAAUAAUGAGAGAAGAUCUGUGGGUUCGAAAUUCCAAAAUCAUCAAUCCAGAGCCAGUAUUUUAUGAUGAAAAAGUUAUGGCUGAUAUAAAAAUAGAUUGUGGAAAUAAUCUAAUUGUUCCAGGUUUCAUUGAUUUGCAAAUAAAUGGUGGUUUUGGAUGUGAUUUUUCUACCCCAAAGGAAGAUAUUGCAGUCAGUGUUAAUAAAGUGGCUAAUGGUAUUCUUCAGUAUGGUGUAACCUCAUUUUGCCCUACACUUAUUACAUCAACUCCUGAUAAAUAUCAUGAGAUUAUUCCAAAAAUAAGAGUUCAAAAUGGUGGAAAGCAUGGUGCUGGUGUAUUAGGUAUUCAUGUGGAAGGACCAUUUAUUAAUAAAGAAAAACGUGGAGCUCAUCCUAUUCAGUAUGUUAAAAGUCUUAAAAGUGGAAUUGAAGAAGUAAUUCAAACAUAUGGUACACUAUAUAAUAUACGAAUUAUAACCCUUGCUCCUGAAUUAGAUCCAGAAGGUGAAGUCAUUGAAGAACUGUUUAGGCAGGGUAUUACUGUUUCUCUAGGUCAUUCUGCUUGCAGUUUGUCAGAUGGUGAAAAGGCUGCGGCUCAUGGAGCUAGUUUCAUUACUCAUCUUUUCAAUGCCAUGUUGCCUUUCCAUCACAGAGAUCCAGGCCUUGUUGGAUUACUUACGAGUGAGAAGUUGCCUCCAAAUAAAAAUAUAUUUUACGGUAUAAUUGCUGAUGGUAUUCAUACUCAUCCUGCUGCAUUAAGAAUAGCAUAUUAUUCAAAUCCAAAAGGUUUAGUACUAGUUACAGAUGCAAUGUCUGCCAUGGGAUUACAGCCUGGUACUUAUAAUAUUGGUGACCAAAAAGUAGAAGUCACCAACUCUUGUGCAGUGCUUUCUGGUACUCAAACUUUAAGUGGAAGCAUAGCAACAAUGGAUUCUUGCGUAAGGUUUCUGCUGAAAUCAGUUAAAUGCUCGCUGGUUGAGGCUAUAGAGUGUGCUACUUUACAUCCAGCACAAGUACUAGGAAUUACCCAUUCUAAAGGCACCCUUGAUUUUGGUACUGAUGCUGACUUUGUGAUGUUGAAUGAUAAUUUAGAGGUAGAAGCCACUUAUAUUGGUGGUGUUUGUGUUUGGAGCAAAAGCGACUAACAUUUUGUCCAGUAAAAAUGUGUUUUUAAUAUGUCAAAGUGCCUUAUUGUGACAAAAAGAGCAGCUAUAUAAUAUUUGUGCCAGUUAUAUUUUUUAGCCAAAGAAUUUGAAGUUUUGUUUCUUAUUUUAAACUAUAAGAUUAGUUCCUCAUCAACAAGUCAUUUAAUAUGUAUAUUUCAUCUAACUAGUCAUCAAGGUUUUUAAAUUCCUAAUCUGAUCUCAUAUACAUAUGAUACCUGAUGAUAGAUUAAACAUCAUCUAGCAAAUUUUUACAAGAUAUGAAGAUCAUAUUUGUAAAAGUAGUUUAAGACAUGUGUAUGCAUAGAUUCCGAUGUUGUAUUUGCUGUAACCAGUUGUCUGAGUACAUUUUUAUGAUGUUCCUAUUUGUUUUUGAUAAUUUAUAAGUGUGAAAGUGAUGAAAUUUAUGUGAAUACAUAUAAUCAUGAUGCACUGUUUGGAAAAAAGUAAACUUUGAACGUGUGAAAUAAGAAAGCACUAUUUCAUUAUUAAUAGAUUUUAAAAAUAUUAUCAGCUGCAUUUGUUUUUACAUUGUUGUAUUUUAAUAAACUUAGUGUUUUGUUAAAGUUGAAUAUGAGGAUUAAAAUUUUGAUUUGAUUUAAAGCUUUAUAAUUGUUUAAUUAAUGGUUCAUUCUGAUGAUUAAUCAACAUCUCAUGCUAAAUUGGUUGUCACUGUUUAUACUUCUGCCAAUUAAUUUAUAGUGCAAGAGGUUAAAGAGAAAAUGUAAAUAUAUGAUAAUCCUAAAAAAUAUGUAAGCAUGUAUUGCAGCAAAGAAAGAGAAUUCUGUUUUCAUUAUUUAAUAAAAAUAUUAGAAUGAAUACUUAUUUAUUUACUAAUAUAUGUUUCAUCAACAGUUGUAUAAUUUACCAUUUAUUGAUGGCUGAU